AUGGCGCGGUGGUUCCGUGUGCGCCGUGAUCGAGACAUUGAGUUGGAGCAUGGUCAAGGGUCCCGAACAGGGCCGGCAGCGCAAGAAACAGCAGCGGAUCAACACCCCGACCCCCAGAACGAACAACAAGACAUACUGCCCGCACGCAAAACGAAGGGCUACGAUGAGCUGGCAAUGUUCAUGGCUCGAGAUCCCCCAUCUUUGAUCUUCCGACGAUUCGACGAGCUGAACAUCAAGAAUCUGCUCUACCUCCAGGCAGAACUGACAUCUUACGAGGUGAAGCUGCAAAAGAUCGUCGAUCGGGAGAAUGAAAACGGUCACGUAACGGUAGAAGAUGACUAUAUAGUGCCGAAAAUGAUGACGGAUGCGAACAACCGACGGUGGGAACUGAUUCUUCAGAUUCGGAAGGUCCUGACACAAUACAACACGGCUCUGCAACAGUAUCGCGAUCUGCGGCAAAUGAGUGAGCCGCAUGCCUCCGACCUUCGCAACCUUUCCAUGCUCCGAAACACCGUAGAGACGAAACUGACACCGGGUAAUAUUAUCGAUCAUCACUUGCUACCCCGCGAGCAGUGGCAAUGA